AUGUUGACAUGGCUUCAGCGAAUUUUUGAAGGCUUGGAAUUUGAUCCAGAGGUAUGAGAUUUGAAGUUGAAAAAUUUAGAUUUUCUCUUCCCCUUGACCCAAACUCAAUGUGAAAUUCCAAAAAUUAUCAUAAAAAAUGACAAUAUUCAUAUAAUAUAAUGUUUUUCAAUCAAUAAUUUACAGUAUCUUCUAUGGCUUCUUCUACCUUUCAUAAUUCUAUUCAUUUUCCCAAUUUUUCUGGUCUUUUUCAUUUAUGGUUGUGUGAUUUUUGUGCAUAUUUAUGGGCAUCGACAUGAAAUUCGUGAAGCAUAUCAUACAAGUUAUUGGAAUGGGGCAAGAAUGGCAAUUGCCACGUUUUGGGAUGGUGUUGGACACGUUUGGCAUGGUAAGCAUUUUGAUAUCGGGUGAAAUUUAUAUUUUAUUUGAGAAAAUUUGGAAAAUGUUUGAAAGUUCACAAAAAACACAUGAUUAUCAGUAGAGCGCAUAUGUGAAAAAUGCUCUGCAACACAGGAAGUUACACUUUUGAUUAAAAAAAAACAAUAAAAUUAGAUUUCGUUCAAGUUUUGGUCAAAAUGGAUUACUUGAAAAUUUGACAUCAAAAAUUUAAUCCAAUUUGAAUUUCAACAUAAAUCUGUUUUUUGAAAAAUUGAAUUACAAUUUUUUUAAAUUUUUUUCCUGGGGGUCUAGAAAUAUUUCGAGGAAUCAAAAUUAACGUGGAAAUAUGAAACGACUUUUUCGAAUUUUCAGAUCAAAAAAUAUUGGUUUUUUUAAGUAAUCUAAAAAUAUGUUCUCCUGGAAAUCAGAAAAUUUUAGACAUAACUAUUAAAAAUCCAACCCGUAAACCCUGUCCUUUUUCCAGGUUACGAACUUCGAGGAAUCGAAAAUGUGCCAGACGAGGGACCAGCUCUUUUCAUUUAUUAUCAUGGAUGUCUUCCACUCGAUGUAUAUUAUCUAAUCUCCAAACUAGUUAUCCACAAAAAUCGUUCACUUCAUUGCGUUGGCGAUAAAUUCAUAUUUCAAAUUCCCGGUUGGCGGCCACUUUGUAAAAUGUUUUCGAUAACAGCUGGAACUGUCGAGGCAUGUACACAAGAAUUGCAAGAAGGCAAUUUGUUAUGUAUUGCACCGGGAGGAGUUCGAGAAGCAUUGUUUUCGGAUCCAAAUGUUUAUGAUAUUUUAUGGGGAAAGAGAUUGGGUUUUGCUAAAGUUAUUAUAAAUAGUAAAACGGUAAGAAAUUUAAAUUUGAAAAGAACAUUUUUCGGCACAUUGAAGUAUGCCUGUGAGCCGAGUAAUUGAGCUCCAGAACCUCAAAAUCACAUUUUUCCAGCCGGUCAUUCCAAUGUUCACCGAAAAUUGUCGCGAAUCAUUCCGAACUCCUGAAUGGGGUCGAAGCUUUUUCCGAUGGAUUUACGAGAAAACCAAAGCGCCACUUUGCCCAAUUUAUGGUGGAUUUCCUGUCAAAAUGAUCACACAUUUGGGAAAACCGAUAUAUUUCGAUUUUGAUACGGUUACACCGGAAGAAGUUCGGAAAACAAUCAAGAAAGAGAUUCGAUCGAUGAUUCGAGAACAUCAAAGAUUGCCUGGAAGUAUUUGGAGAGGAAUUGCCCAAAGAUGGAGAGGAAAUGAAAAAGAAGGAGAAGAAGGAGAAAUGAAAAAUGGUGGAGAAAAUAAUCGAAAAGGGCAAAAUGGUGAACAAGUUGAACCCGAGGAAAUUGUGAGUUUUUUUUUCAUUUAAAAAAAAGGCUUCAGAAAUUUCGAAACCUUCGUUUAAUUCGGAUGUGAUUUUGAGAAAUGUGAAUUUCAUUUAUAAGUUUAAUUUCUCCGAAUUUACAUAGGACAAUUCUAAAUUAAUGGCUGAAAACUUAUCAUUUUCAAUUUCGUUAUUGUGAAAAAUAUCCCAAAAUUUUUAAAUUGAAAAAUUAUUUGUUGAAAAAAGUUACAAUUUGUUCCUAAUUUUCUAGAUUCAAAUGGUAAGCUGAAAAAAUUCCACGAAUAUUAUUUUGGUGGGCGGAGCUUAUUCAUCUAACUUUUUUUUCUUCAAAAAUCAUUCUAAAAUUUUGCCUUUUGUCAAUCGCGCUCCAUUGAUAACCAACUUUUGCCAAAAAUAGAGCUUUUCCGUGUUUUUAGGCUUUAGGCUUUAUACUCAAAUUUUCAACCAUUUCAAAAGUAAAUAUUUUUACAGGAACUUCUUCAAAGAAAUGGUGGAAAUUUACCUGAAAAUUCAGACGAAAGGGAUGAAAUUGGUGGAAUUUAG